AUGAACACCAUCUGUUUUGGAUCCAGGGAGCCCAAACCACAAAAGGUGUCGAACUCCCCUAAGCCAGUUAAUUUACAGACGGCCUUCAAGAUAUGCAGCAAGUUCACUAAGCAACCAGAUUGCAAGGGAAAAAUCUAUCUAGAAACAGGCAUAGACCCAAUCAAAAGUGAAGACUGUACAGGAGAGGUCGGAGCAUUAGAAGAAAUUGUUUUACAGGACAGCGGCACUAACAUGGAGCAGAAAGCCUUAAAAGAUUCAGCUGGAACAAGACCACUGAUUAUCAUACAGCUAAUGCCAUCUCCAAACAACACCUUAAAAUCCAGGUCUUCAUCUUUACCUGGAAAAAUUAACAUGAGACAUCAUCUGGACGCAACAUACAAGCAAGGGAAACAGAUGUACAUCGCAGACGUGCUGUCGAAAGCAGCGUUCCCCAUGAAGAAAGUUGAUAAUGCUGCAACAGAAUGUGAAAUCUUGCAGAAUCAAUGUGAAGCAGCAGCUCGACAUGGUCUGGAAGUCAUCAAUCCAGCAGAGACAACGGAUCUGACUGACAAGCGCCUUGCUCAAAUCAAGCAAACUAUCCAACAGGAUGGAACUGUCCAAGUGCUACAAGAAAACGAACAGCUGCAGAAACACCAGCUCGAGCUGCAGGAGUCAGAAUCUGAUGAAACUUCCCUGUAUCUGGAGACAGAACUUCAGCAUGCACAGGACGAGCUGAAAAAACUGGCAGAAAAAUUACACAGGACUCAAAAAAAUCAUACAGCAUUGCAACAAGUUAACCAGGAUCUUGAAAAUAAGCUGCACAGGAUGGCACAAACGCAUCAAGAAGAAAAGAAAAAUCUCAGCCAUGAAGUAAUCACUUUAUGCAAUCAUUUAAUAGAAGCCACAUCAACCAUAGAUAAAUUAACAGAAAACAAUCUGCCAUCAGAAAUUCAAGAGAGGGCCAGAAUCUAUACAGAGAAAUCUGGAUGUGGUAUUCCUGGGACUGCAUGUCAUCCAUCUUUCUUCAACACCCAAGCUAAGUUUUUAGAAAACCCUGAACCAACCAAUUUAUCAGGUGCCCCACUUCCUGUCUCGCUCCCAAGACAGGUUAUUCAUAGCCAUUUGAAGAAUACUAACAAACCUGACCAAGGGUUUCCAUGCAAAUCUAAUUUAUAUCAAAGUGACAAAGCUCUUUGUAGCCCUGCAGAACAAAGAAGAGGCAGAAGGCAAGUUAAAGAUAAGCAUUUUUUUCAAACACCACGCUUUACAGAUAGCUUCACAGAAACAGAGGGCUUCAGUAAAAUUGUCACAAGUGAUACCCUUCCCAAUUAUGCUGCAUCAGUACCUAUUUCCUCCAUCUAUCCAAGCUGCACUAUGACAGCUGAGAAAAAAGGGAUCACACAAGCCAAAACCAUCUUGAGUCCAACCCAACAAGUUGGUUUGAGAGAUGAUAUUUAUGAAAGAAACUGCAACACUUCAGAAGAGCAAGGAAACAAAUAUAGUUUUAUUCAGGCAAGGCCACUACAACAACUCAUAGAUGUGGCACAUGGUUAUCAGGAUGGCACUCAGCACUACUCUGCAACUCUUCCAAUAGACUUCAGUGAUUCACCACAUUUGUCCUGGAUGAGUAUUCAGCAUGUCAGAGUCCCAAAACUAUAUAGUGAUCAAGGGACUCUGCAUGAUCUAGAAAAAAAUAGAAUGGGUCAAUGUAAGAAAGUCAACAUGCAUUGUAGAAAUACUUCUUCAUACAGGAUUUCUGAAAAGAUUUCAUCGAACAGCCAUACCAAACAGCAGCUUGGUAGUAGUCUGAUGAAAAAAACAACCAACCAAGUAAACCAAUUUUUCACUAGAGAAGGUAAUUUCUCUGAUGGAGAGGAUACCAGCCAGAGUAACAUUACAGAAGCAGCCUUUGGAACCAUGAACUGCCAACCUUGUUCAGAAAUUGAUUGCAAGAAACAAGAGAGUCUCUCCAUACCUUGGCAAAAAGAUACAGAAGAUGACCCUAAAACUUUGCCACGUGAAAAGAACACAAAUCAAAUGUACACCAAAAGUGCAAAUAAUGUUGUUAACAUUAAAAAAAUUGAUGUUGCUCCAAAUACUUCAGUAAAGUCCUUGCGCCAGUAUCCCAUUAAAUUAUUAGUGGUCCAUAAUGUUCCCUUGGAUGAUGUUGUUUCAAACAGCAAACAAGAAAAAUCUACAAAGAUAAGUGGCCUUUAUAGGAAGGACAGCCUCACGAAGGCUCAGCUUUAUGGAAACCUGCUAAACUAAUAAUGCAAUAAUGUUGAAAAUAAUGAAUUGUAUGCUUCAAAGCAAAAAUUCACAAACGUGUACCAUAUUAGUGGAAAUUAUCUGAUUGAGGCUGCAUACGUAUUUAUUUGAAAUAUUUGAUUCUUAUAUAGAGGUUAACUAGCAAUUCCUAGAGACUUUUAUUCCACCAGACUGAACAAGUUGAAUUCUUAAAUUACUAGGUCAAAACUAAAAUUUGUGCUUUUUGCAACGAUAAGGCUGUCUGCAUUUUGUAUGUAAAGCAUUCUCUUUGUUACUGAAUAAAUAAAUUGGAGUUUGUUUUGAAAGUUCUUAAUUAAGAGACCUACUAAGAUCAAAUAUAAAGUGAAUAUGGCUGUCAAUGUAGCUACUGAUUACUCCUUGUAACUCAUGGUGCAUAAUGUCAGAUACUCCAGACAUGAGCUGUCCUGCACUGCUAUCCACUAUCUGGCUUUUACUUCCUUAACUCAUCUAACAGGUUUCUGAGUACCCUUCCCUUCUCUUUCUCCCUUGAACUUAUUUCAGGUGAGGAGCGCUAUAUAAGUGCUGAAGUACAAUAACAUUUAUCUGACUUUAGUCCCAGUCAAAAAGUGCAUCCUUUAAGUUGCUGAAAAGAGCAAUGGCCACUUAUUGAAUAUAGCACAAGCUGAUCUCAAAUUAAUAUUUUCCACAUCUUUUUUGUGCAUUGUUCUAUCCUAAUAGCUAUCAUUAUUUAUAUCUAAUGUGUUUUGCAAAAUAUUUUGUAUAUGGCUUAACUCAUAUAAAUAUAAAAUAUUGAUCCAAAA